CACACUUGAAAUACACAGUGCGCGACUCUAGUUGACCAAAAUGUGAAAUUUUUGAUUUGGUUCACCGUUAUCACCUCGCUUUUAGACUAUUAUUGUGUGGAUAUUCAAACCAUUCGUCGAACUGAAAGGCACCGCAAAUUAUCCAGAAAUACACAGGCUGUUUCGAACUGUCGGGAGUUAUUAUGCAGCAUGACUUCACGAGGACCUCGCCCGUGUUUCUGCUCUGUGGAAGACGACCCUCCCUGAUUUCCGGCCCAGACAGAACCCCUCAGAACUUUGCCGAAGCGCUGCCGCCAGAGAUGAGUGUGAAGAUCUUCAGCGAGCUGGAUGCAGAGAGUCUGUGCUGCGCCUCGCGGACCUGCAAGCUGUGGCACCACAUCAUCGAAGAGAGCGAGCAGCUGUGGAGGAGGCAGUGUCUGCCCGUCAGAGCCGUCUGUCAGAGGGAGGUCGACAGCGACAGGAGAGACGGUCUGUCCUGGAAGGUCACCCUGGUGAGGAACUACAUUCGCAGCCGGCUGAAGAGAGACUGGCUGAGAGGACGUUACAGCCACGUGAGGUCAGCGGACGAGCUGAUCGGCAGGAAGAUGACGCCGCUGGACGCCGAGACGUGGGGAGAGAUCCUGCAGGCCGAGCUGGACAGAUGACUGAUGGCAACGUUUGCUGCCACAUACAGGACUUUAUUUAAAGAACCUCGAUCACCUCAGAGUGUCUGAUUUUUAACUCUAAUAUAUCUUUUAUAAUUGUGUGUUUUAUACCAAUACACACAAACAAUUGUACAGACAUUUUUUUGUAUUCCUUUUUUUAAGAAAAAAAGAACCAUGGAGAACCAGAAAUGAAACAAAUGACGAUAAUGAUUGAUGGUUGAAAUGAAUCGUGAUGUAAAUAUGGCUGAGAUGCAAUAAACCACGUUGUGUUGAAGAGUGUAA